AGGCUAGUCGAUAUUCUUCCGCAAAUUAUUUCUGCUGGGCAGAAUGCUUUCAUCCGAGAAAGACAAAUCAUUGAGAACAUCUUGGUUAGUCACGAAUUGAUGCACUAUUUGAAAAUCAAGACUAGUGGCAAGAAAGGGUACAUGGCUUUAAAGGUUGACAUGGAAAAGGCCUAUGACAGAGUCGAAUGGCCCUUCUUGCUCGCAGUCCUGGAAAAAAUGGGAUUUAAUUCCGUUUGGACUGGAUGGAUUCAUGAAUGUCUUCGGUCUACUUCCUUCUCGGUCCUAAUGAAUGGUUCCCCGUCAGGGUUCUUCUCGCCUUCCCGGGGUCUCCGCCAAGGAGAUCCCCUGUCCCCUCUGCUCUUUGUACUCUGUACAGAAGGCUUUGCGGCGAUUCUUCGAAAGGCAAUUACUGACAAGCGACUGGGAGGGGUGAAAGUGGCUCCGCAAGCUCCUCGGAUUUCACAUUUAUUCUUUGCGGAUGAUUCGUAUUUGUUCCUGCGCGGAACUCUGCAGGAAUGUGAAAACCUGAUCGACGUUUUAAAUGAAUAUGAGGAGUUAAGUGGCCAGCGGGUUAACUUGGAUAAAUCUGCGGUUUGCUUUAGUAAAAACAUUGCCUCAACAGAUCAGGAGUUUCUGGCCGCAAUCUUGGGGGUGGGAGCGGUGGGUGUUCAGGAUAAAUACUUAGGCCUCCCGACCCUGAUUGCCCGGUCAAAGAUGGAUACCUUCCGCUACUUGGAGGAAAAAUUGUUGGCGAAAUUACAAGGGUGGAAGCAACGUACAUUGUCGUGGGCAGCGAAGGAGACCCUGAUCAAAUCUGUUGCUCUAGCUUUACCGCUACAUGUUAUGUCUUGCUUCCGAUUACCCCUUUCGCUUUGUCGUCUCCUGGAUAAACAUGUUGCUCGAUUCUGGUGGGGUGUGACGGAGGGGCAAUCAAGGAUUCAUUGGAUGUCCUGGAGAAAAAUGUGCAGAAGCAAGCAUGAUGGGGGCAUGGGGUUCCGUCGUUUUGAGCAUUUUAAUCAGGCGCUGUUAGCUAAAAUUGGCUGGUACAUUCUUCAGGAACCCCAAUCCCUGCUGGCUCAGGUCUAUAAAGGAAAAUAUUUCCCAAAGGGGACCUUUCUCCAGGCCCAAGCACGAUCGCGGCCGUCCUGGGGGUGGCAGAGUGUGCUCUAUGGGAGGCAGCUUCUUGAACAAGGCCUUCGGUGGCAAAUUGGUAAUGGGGAGUCAGCCUUGUUGCUGGACUCGAAUUGGAUUCCUCAGUUGCAUCCUGCUAAGCCUGUCUAUAACCCACAGGUACUCCCGGCCGGGAGAGAUUUGUUGGUGUCAGAGGUUUUAGCCCAGGAUGGGGGAGGGGGGUGGUGUGAAGCCAAGCUGAGUCAAUGGUUUGAUCCACCAACGUGUCGGUUGAUUCGUUCUAUCCCUCUGCCUCGGCAGAAUUUGGAGGAUAAGCUUAUCUGGCAUCGCACAUCUGAUGGGGCGUUUACUGUCAAAACAGCAUAUCACCUGGCUGUGGACCUGGACAAAAGACAUGGUUGUUGGCAGGCUACGGUCAGUUGGAUGGAUAGGACCAGCUGGAUUUGGCUCUGGGAGGCUGAUAUUCCCCCGAAGUUGAAGGUAUUUGUGUGGCAAAUCUUUCAUCGCCUUCUCCCUACCACGGAGGGCCUCAUUGAGAAAGGUGUUCCAGUCCUCCCGCGUUGUCCGGUUUGUUGGGAGGCAUCGGAGACUAUGGAGCAUCUAUUCUUGGACUGUCCGGUGGCUAGGGCUCUUUGGGACUAUUCAAGUUUAGAACAUCUUGGGCAAGGCUUGCCUCGCCAUACUUUCCCACUGUUUCUCAAGAGACUAUUUGCAUUGCUACAUCAUCCUCCGAUGAUCAUGGCUGUGGUGGCUGUGCUUUGGCGAAUUUGGAAGUCGCGUAAUUGGGUUGUCUUUGAAGGCAAGCAAUUUGGCUUCCCUGCGUUAAUGCGUCAAUUUCAUCAACAGUGUGAGGAAUGGGAACGGGUGCCAGUGGAUAGGGUGGUUCCGGGUUCUCGCCCUUCUCUCCAUCCUCCGGAUCUGGCCGGGGGCUUCACGAUGGUGUGUAUGUGGGAUGGGGCGACGAGAGCUGGGUCUCACUCUGCGGGAGGUAUGGUACUUCUAGAUUCUCAAAGGGAGGUUCUCCGCGUUCAGGGCAUUCAGUUUGGAUCCAUUGAUGAACCGUUGGUGGUGGAAGCGCUUGUCCUUCGGGAAGCCCUCUUGUGGUGUCUAGCUAAUGGAUUCCAGGAUGUAAGAUUUGAAGGGGAUGCCAAGGUCAUCAUCGACAAAAUCAAUCAAGCUGCAACCAGAGAUAGUAGGAUUGGGAUGAUCUUGGAAGAGAUCCGGCAAUGUAUGCAGAAUAAUCCUGGGUUUAGUUUGCGAUUUGUAGGACGGCGGAACAAUAGGGUAGCCCAUGUGGUGGCUAGAAAGGCCCUUGCUUUGUACCCGUCUACGUGUCGGUUUUUCAAUUUUCAGGCCUGGUUGAGUUCCAGGAUGUAAUGUUAUCUUCAUUGAAUCAAUAUAUGAUUAUCUUUUGUCAAAAAAAAAAAAGAAUAUAUUCGACAACUGAUUGAGCAAAACAAUAAUACAAAUCGGUUUAUUCAAAACCUUAGGAGAUCAACUUACUAAUGUUGAAAUUAACCUACCUCUCUUCUGCUUCUACUUAUAAUACUCAUUUUCCCUCCUUCCAACAAACUUAAUUCCCCUACCUUCAAGCCUUUUUAAAAUUUUUAAAGAAUUUAGUCUCGAAUUUAAGCUUGAUAUAGAAAACCAAGCUUAAACAACUUUCCACACAACUAGCUCUUUCUAAGACACCUUAGAUUUAUGACUCAAAAUCCUCUACCAACGACGAUCAUAUCAUCAUUGACUCAGAUGACGUCAUUCAAAACAUAGAAGGUCAGAUUGAAAUAGAAAUUAAUCGUCUCAAAUUGAACCAACUCUCUUCAUCUAAGAUGUAUUCCCACGUCCCACUACACCUGACUUAGCUCUCAAAUAAAAACCCACCAUUACCCAAAAUAAAUUCAAGUCCAAUUCUAUUUAUGUAUGGAAUCUUGAAGAGUUUUCGUAAUAUAAAAUUUCGAACCUUUUUCAACAAAUGACCAUGGUAGCUAAUGCUUACAAAACUCAUAAUCAAACUUCUGACAAGACACAUGAGAGAUCCAUGGUUUAUAAGUAAGAAACUGACUUUAACUGACAAAAUGUGUUUUUGAGUCAAAAGGAGGAGUUCUUGUGAGAGUUCUGUGGAGCACUAAAUGAUAGGUGAUUUUAUGAGAAGUCACCUUAAUAUGCAAUCAAGAUGUAGAAUCUCUCUAAUUAUGAGAGAUUUGAUAUCUCUAAAUUUUAUAGAUUUACAAUCUCUGAAGUUACAAUCCACGAUACAAAAAGUAGCAAAAAAACAUAACAUUUUGCUAAAUCUAUGAAUUCAAUAAAUCCACGAUCCAAAUCUUGUUCUCCAAACGACCCCUUAGACUCAAAACGGAUAAUAUCUUGAUCGGAAAUUUUUUUGGUAUGUUAUAUGUACAAUUAUGACAACAUGGAAAUACCUACGAAUGUAUAAUUUAAGAAUAUCAGUAGUUAAUUUCUAACUUUAUUUACUCCCCAAUGAAUAAACCUAACUUUGUUUAUUGCGACUUGGUAUUGCUUGCUGGGAUUUGGGUUCAUGCACCUACCCAAAAGUCUUGGAAAGUCUUAAGUCAACUUGAAAUUAAAUAUUAAGAGUAACAUGAUUGUAAUCUUUCAGGAAAUUUUGUUUUGAAAAAAAAAAGGAAAUUUACUACCACCCACUUCCAACUCCAUUAGAUCUGUUAGACUUUUUACAAGUACACUAUUUAUUUAUUAGCCGGAACCGGUGGAUUCCUUAAUUAUAGUAUGAGUGAUGCACGCUAAUUGAUCGAUUAGAAAGAAAAUUACUACGUACUUACCUCGACGGGAUCUACGAGUAAUAAUAAGGCAUAUUAUUGCAA